AGAGGCGUGAUGUGUGGGACAUAAUGGUGGAUAGGUAGGGAAGACACUUAAGCUCGGUAAGAGUAGCUCAUCAACUGUUGAUCCAUUUCCAGUUGUUGUCUUGGACUCGACUCCUCCGACUCGACAGCUGUUCGCUGCCGCCGCCCUCUCGGACUGAACGACGCCCUGGACCGCAAAAAAAAUGCCGAAUAUCAAAAUAUUUAGCGGGAGCUCACAUCCGGACCUGUCUCAGAAAAUAGCAGACCGCCUGGGUCUCGAGCUGGGGAAGGUUGUUACGAAGAAAUUUAGCAACCAAGAAACAUGCGUGGAGAUAGGGGAGAGCGUACGUGGGGAAGAUGUCUACAUCGUGCAGAGUGGCUGUGGGGAGAUCAAUGACAAUUUGAUGGAGCUGCUGAUCAUGAUCAACGCCUGCAAGAUUGCCUCAGCCUCCAGGGUCACGGCUGUCAUCCCCUGCUUUCCGUAUGCCCGGCAAGACAAGAAGGACAAGGUGGGGAGCCGUGCUCCUAUCUCUGCCAAGUUGGUGGCAAACAUGUUGUCAGUGUCAGGCGCUGACCAUAUCAUCACUAUGGACUUGCACGCCUCACAGAUACAGGGAUUCUUUGAUAUCCCUGUUGAUAACUUGUAUGCGGAGCCAGCUGUGCUGAAAUGGAUCAAAGAGAAUAUCCCAGAAUGGAAAAACUGUACCAUCGUUUCACCCGACGCAGGAGGAGCCAAGAGGGUCACCUCAAUAGCAGAUAGGUUGAAUGUCGACUUCGCUCUUAUUCACAAGGAGAGGAAAAAGGCAAACGAGGUGGACCGCAUGGUUCUCGUUGGAGAUGUGACAGAUCGGGUUGCUAUUCUAGUGGAUGACAUGGCUGACACAUGUGGCACAAUCUGCCAUGCCGCUGACAAACUCAUUUCUGCUGGUGCCACCAAGGUGUAUGCCAUCCUGACCCAUGGCAUCUUCUCUGGCCCAGCUAUUUCACGCAUCAACAAUGCCUGCUUUGAAGCUGUGGUGGUCACCAAUACAAUCCCUCAGGAGGAGAAGAUGAAGCAUUGUCCCAAAAUACAGGUUAUUGACAUUUCCAUGAUCCUUGCUGAGGCCAUCCGAAGAACUCACAAUGGCGAGUCAGUGUCGUACCUGUUCAGCCAUGUCCCCUUGUAACAAAUGGUGUCUACCAUCUACUGUGUGCUGUUACACCAAAUAAGAGAAGAGGGAACUCCCAAACACAACCAUUGGCAAAAAUGUUCUGCUAACUAACCGUAAAUGUCUGUUACUAAUGCUGACUCUUGCCACUUGAGCAGUGGCCCCUUCAUGUCUUGGGCUCCAAAGCAAUCGCAAGCUACCAAUUUAGGCUAGCGUUAUUUAUUGUACUUGGAUAAAUAAGUCUUUAUCCACGGUGAACUAUGUCACCCCUUCCAUCACAUUUAGAUACAGAGUUUCUCCUGACCAUUUCACCUAACCAGAAAUAAUUUCAAUUUGUUGUCAAAGAGCUUGUAUAACUAUCCCUGGGAGGUUCCAGUGGUCAGGAGAAGCAUCUGCCUUAUAAAGCCGUUCCAUAGCUGUUUGUUAUAAUUAACAAGUGUAGUUUUUCAUGUUGUAUCCUCUGCUGUCUGAAAGAUUAUAAUUAAUGAAUGUAUUGAACUAGUUUACAGUACGACCUGAAGCUCCACUCAACCAAGAGUGCCUCAACAGUCUGAAAUAAAAUUACUUUUUUCUUCCACCUCCCCCCAACCCCCCCACCCCCCUCCGCCUUUUUAACUGUUGUUUUCCCACUGGAUGAUGAACUUCCAUGUGUCUUAUCAUGCUGUAGAAGAUUCUUUGUGAUGUUUCUUUCAACUCUUGAGGUGCCCUCAUUGAGUGGGGUUUGCCCAGUGUCCAGGGUUCACCCUUCAAGGUUCCGCGUUGAAGGUCUUUCUAUAGAGAAACAAUCUGGAUUUUAGUUUGGGGUCUCUGCAGGCUGGAGCUUCCGUCAGAAAUGUUCACCUGCUUUUUUUUUUUUUCAUUUGGGUGUGUUUUUAUGUCUGGAGAAAUGAUUUGUCCAUUAAUGUGCAUAUUGCAAAUUUUUGUGUUUACUUUUUCAGUAGGGCGAAUGCACCAGUUAUCCAAGGAUGCAUUCUUAAUAAAAAUUUAAAAGCGUAAAAUCUUA